CCGACGUGGAUUUUUUGAAAGUUACUAUUUCUGUUAAUAGUUUAACGGUCUAGGUUGUAAUUUAUUAUAAUAUUUUUUAACUUCAACACGACAAUGCAUGUUGAAAAAUCUAAUUUUUUGAUUUUCUUAUCUGUUCUGUCAAACUAUCACGUCUGUCCCAGAGUUUUAAUAUAACUUACGCAAUUUUCGAUUUCAGAAAACCCUAGUUAUCAAGGCCGUAUAGAAGUACUACUAAGUUCUCAAUUUCAAAUUCUAAAGGUCUCAAUUUCAAAUAAGCAGAAAAUAUGGAUAAACGUUUAAAAAAUUUAUUAAAUACUAUCACAUUUUUAACAAAAUUGGUAAAAUUAUUAUGGGUAUUUUUGCUAAUAUUUAGUGUUUUAAAUAAUUUUCCGUAAUGAAAUGUUGGCACCACUGUGUUUUUAUAUGUGAAAACUUUUUUUUCGUGUACAUUUUAUCAGCUGUUGGUUGCAGACACUUAAAACUGUUUCCUCUGCGACGACAACGUUACGGCAAAGCUAACAACUUACACAAGUUUCCAUAAGCCAAAAAACAAUUUUGAGCUGAUACGUCACGGAACGCAACGUACACACUAAUGGAGCUUUAUCGUAUUUAGUAAUUUCGUUUUACAUUUAAAAACUGUAUUAAAGAGCUAUUAAGUUGGAAGUGAUACUACUUAGAACAUAAAUUAAUUUCGUUAUUUUGUUUUCAAACUCUAAUGGAAAAAGAAAAAACGUUAAGACGUAAUGCUUGCAUUAUUGUCUUGGGUGAUAUUGGACGAAGUCCACGAAUGCAGUAUCAUGCAGCAAGUUUAUUAGAGGAAAACUACAAUGUUGAUUUCAUUGGAUAUAAUGAAACAAAACCCUUGGAAGUAUUAUCAACAGCUGAACCAAAAUGCAAAAUACAUAAACUGACACCGGUUCCAGCUAUAAAUCUAACUCCCAUAUUAAAGUUAAUAUUUAAAACAAUUUGGCAGACUUUAAGUCUAAUGAUUGCACUAGUUGCGAUACGGAGACCAAAUUUUCUGCUUGUCCAAAAUCCUCCAGGAAUACCAACUUUAGUUGUUAGUUAUUUGUAUUGUGCAGUGACGCGUACUCGAUUGAUUAUUGAUUGGCAUAAUUACACGUACACAAUAUUAGGUCUUGGUAUACGAGGCGGGGAAACGAGUAAAAUUUGUCGUUUAGCAAAAUGGAUUGAAAAAUGGUGUGGAAGAAAAGCUAAUGCCAAUUUUUGCGUUACCACAGCUAUGAAGGAGGAUUUAACCUAUAACUGGAAUAUAAGAAAUAUUGUGGUGUUAUAUGAUAGGCCUCCAUCUCAGUUCCAUCCAAUUGAUUUGACGGCAAAACACAAUUUAUUUAUGAAACUUUCUAAGGAUUACCCACAAUUUCUGCCAAAGUCUUAUGAUAAUCUAAAGCAGUCCGGAAUAUUAGAAGAAACUGCAUUGACCCAAAAAUUAAGCAAUGGUAUAGUAGUUGAUAAACCUGAGAGAAUGGGCAUAUUAGUUUCUUCCACUAGUUGGACUCCAGAUGAAGAUUUUGGACUAUUGUUAAAAGCUUUGCAAGCUUAUGAGAAAGAAGCUUCAAAUAAUCCUGAAAAAUUUCCCUUUUUAAUGUGCAUUAUAACGGGUAAAGGACCCCAAAAGGAGGAAUAUCAAAGGCAAAUUAAAAAACUCAAAUUUACUAAAGUUGGUAUAAUUACUCCCUGGCUUGAAACGGAGGAUUAUCCCGUAAUAUUAGCUGCCGCAGAUUUAGGCGUUUGUCUACAUUGGAGUUCAAGCGGUUUGGAUUUACCCAUGAAAAUUGUAGAUAUGUUUGGUUGCGGUCUGCCAGUAUGCGCAUACAAUUUCAAAUGCCUUAAUGAGUUAGUUCGUCCGGGACAGAAUGGUUUCAUUUUUGAAAGUCAUCAGCAACUCGCUCAGCAACUCAUAUUUUGGUUUGAAAAUUUUCCCAAUAAUCAAAGCCUGUUGGAAUCAAAAGAAUUAUUUCGAAAAAAUUUGAAAAAAUUUCAGUCCCUGAGAUGGCACGAAAACUGGAAAUCUAAUGCGUUGCCGGUAUUUAAUACAUUUGUAUGAAAUAAAAUUAUAUUUAAGCACUGAUCUUUUUUUAUUUUAAGAUUUCUUUGCAUUUUAUAAUAUUUGAAAUUAUACAUUAGACCGACUCAAUCUAUUUAGAAAGCCAAA